UGUGUUUCUACUUUCUACCGGCUCAAGAAUGCAAGUAGCUUCGAAGGUGAUAUUUCUUUUCAGAGACGCCGACGGCUUCGGCCCUGCAAUCUCUGAUGCUCUGCAGCCGAAGGACAGUUCUCUUCGAAGAAAAGAAAUCUCGUUCGAGCUAUCACUAGAGAGUUACGGAAUCAGCGAUCGCAAAGUUUCAGGAGAUGCCUUUCACUUUAUUGAUCACGAGGGCUUUUAUAAGCUGUCCAUUUUGCUUCUGCAAGAAUAUGAGUUGCCACUUGUUUCCUGUGCUGUUCAUGAAGUCCUGUCAGCAAUCACAGGAGAAAACUCUUCCAUUGUGCCCACAAUCAUUGUCCCAUUUCUUGUGGCAGCAAAGCUCAAGAGUGAAACGGCAAACCCCGCGAUAAAUGGCCAGAGAAUUACUCUCUGUGGUACCGAGAUAGGCCCUGCAACAGGCUUUACUCAAGCCGUGGUUGCCAAAUCCUGUAAGCCACCAUCUUCAUUGCAGAUCCACAACGAAACCUUGGCCUGCUUGCUUCAGUUGGUCAGAAUCUUGAAGCUACCAACUGUUCUCCUAAUUGGAUCAAGAGGUCAACAUCAAUCUCAAAUAACUACAGAUGAAGAGAUGGAGGUGCUAUGUGAAAUGGGAGAGUUCCUGGGAAAUAUUGCCAAUUUACAUUUUGUGAAAGAUCAAAUCCAUUUGACUCCUUCACAGAAAUGUGGGGAUGUCCAGGAACCCUGGCGUGCAUUGUAUGGCUGAUCUCGUCGCUUUUCCCUCAUCCACUGCCCUCCUCCCCAGGUCCACCCCCCCCCCCCUCCCAAAACACCAGGCUCUGGUAGGCCAGCUGAAGUCGGAGGGCCUUUGAUAGAGAUGAAGGUUUGAUAUGUGUCCUGUACUCCUGUUUCACUUUGUUGCAAGUGAUUCAUUGAAAGCUUAGUUAAGGUACUUUUUACGUGGAAUUUGGUCUCUUGUCGCCAAAAGCAAAUUUCAUUCUCAAGUUUCUU